CACGCACCUAUCUAGUUCAUUUGCAACGUUUCAAAUUAUUUUCUAUGUAAUUAACAAUUAAUAGUUGUUAGCAACAGCAAUUUCGAAUAGUUAUGUAUUCAAUUUUGAGGCCACAGAGAACAACAAAAAUGCCAACUUUUAAUAAUAUAUCGCACAUUAUGCCUGCCAAAUGAAUAAUUUAUCGCAGUGUGUCGAUUCUGGGCUCGCAUCCCCGGGGUGUGCGGGGUGCCCCCCAGCGCGGGGCGCGGCGUGGAGGGAGGGGCGCGCUAGCCGUCAGUCCGCGCCGAGCGGCCGAGCGAGCGCCAUGUCCGCGUGUGCGCCGCGCGCCUGCUGCCGGCCGCGCGCCCCGCCGACGCUACUCGAUAUCACAGCGAAAAUAGUCGCCGCCGCGAUCCCGUUCCAACGCAUCGAGGAGCGCUAUGAACGCAUCCCGGAGCCGGUGCAGCGCCGCGUCGUGUAUUGGUCGUUCCCACGGGAUGAGCGGGACAUCUGCAUGUACUCAUCGCUGGCGCGGGCGCCGCCCGACGAUCACCGCAACAUUGCCUUCUGCCGAGGGCUGAAGCUGCUGGAGGCUGGCUGUGUGGAGAACGUGCUACAAGUCGGUUUCCAUUUGAGCGGAGUGGUGCGCGCGCCUGCCGCGGUACCGCCAUGCUCGGAGCCGGAACGGCUAUACAGGGUCACUGUCUCGUUCGACAGAUGCAAGAUAACCGGGGUGACGUGCAGCUGCGAAGCGCGCGACAUCUUCUGGUGUCAGCAUGUGGUGGCGCUUGCGCUCUACCGCAUCAGGAACGCAGAUUCCGUCAGGCUGAGGGUGCCUAUAUCAGAAACCCUACUGCAGAUGGACAGACAACAGCUGCAGAAGUUCGUGCAGUACUUAAUAGCAGAGCAUCACACGGAGGUCCUGCCGACAGCGCAGCGGUUAGCUGACGAGGUCCUGCAGGCCAGGUCCGCCAUCAACAGGAUCUGUGGAGCACCAGAUCCCACGGCGGGACCGCCGCCUGAUGCCCACCAUGCUUGGCACUUAGAUGAGCAACAGGUUUGCGAACAAGUGCGAGCAUAUUUAUUGCAGGGAACAUACUACAAUGCAAAUAAACAACUCAACUCAUUAUUUUCUAAGGUAAGAGAAAUGCUCCGGGCCCAAGACUCCAACGGUCCUAGGAUGCUGAUGCUAAUGACAGAACAGUUCCUAUCAGACCCAAGGUUACUCCUAUGGAGAAACCAGAACACCCCCAUGACAGAAAAAUGUAGACAGUUAUGGGAACAACUAGGAGCAUUAUGGGUCAGCAUAGUUCUGGACCCAGGCAGUAACAAACACCAUAGAAUACAGUGGAGACAUCUGUUGGAAAAAUGGUCUGCCGUCGAAGUCUGUCCCACUGAAGAUCCAGAUUAUCGGUCUUUUCCUUUGUACGCAAGAGAAAGGGAAAGAAACGAGAGAGAUCGUGACAGAGACCACAGAGACAGAGACAGAGAGAGGCAUCGCGACCGAGAGGAGAGGGACAGAGAGAGACUGCGCGAAAGAGAGGAGAGAGACAGAGAAAGACAUAGAGAGAGACAGAGAAGAGAAAUGCAUUCCCAUUCAGAAAGUUCAGACGAAGAAUCUAGGCCUAAUAAUUAUGAACGCGAAUACAGGAGAGCAAGUAAGAGACUAAGACUAAACAACCAAAGAUCCGCACCGCAGCUGACGCCAAGGACUGUUUUUCAUAAGGCGCUGGAUGCGGUAGACAUAUCCUGGGAGAACGAUCACCUGAAAAAUAUCCUAGGUAGCGACGAGUACAUCGACCCUGACAAACCUGAGAAACCUGGCAGUUCCACCACCACUACGUUGCAGCCUUACCCCAAGUUCAACGAGGAUGGACAGCCUCUGUGGCACGAGCACUUACCAGUGGUAGGCGCCCGUAUCGAAGCGUUGCGAGCGCACGGUCGCGCCCCCGCUGCGUUGAGGCUGGCCGUCAGCGCCGCCAGAGCCAUGAGACAUCGACAGGAGGUGUCUCAGCAGCGAUGGCAAGAAGCGGGAGGGGGCGAAGCUUCGUCGUCGGGAGGGUCGGGUGGUGGGAGCGGGGCGGGCAGCGCGGGGGGCGCGUCGUGCGCGGGGUCGGACGCGUGCGCCGGCGCGUGCACGGAGCGCGUGCGGCUCGCGCAGGUGUGCGCACACAUGGACUUCGGCUCCUGUCUCUCCAGUGGCGCCACCUGCGCACUGUCACACACCCAGCGGUGUAUUGGCAGAGACAGCAGAUGUUGGACCGGAUGGACACUUGAAGCGAUUUGGUGUGUCUACGAGUGCCUAGCCGACGCCUGCCUAGCUCCUGACGAUCAACGCGCCUCGCCUAGAUUACACACUGCUUAUCUUGACGAGGAACCUAACACUGGCCUGCCACCAAGGUAUCAACACGUCCCAGUAGCUGGCAGCAAGAACCCUGAAGAAACAUACCUAGCUUUAGCACUAGAAGCAGCGUUACUGGGAUUGGGAGUACAAAGAAUGCUACCUCAGGGGUUAUACGCGCAGGAGAGGCACUGUAAACAGGAGGAGAGGCUUAUUGCGCAGCUGCAGAGAGUGGAGGGGGAGGCGGCGGCGGGGGUAUGCGCGCGAGUGGCCGCUGCGUUACUAGCGGGAGGGCCUGCUUCGUGCUUAGGCGCUAGAGUUCACCCUCGAGCUGCGCCUGCGCAUACAUUCGCGCGCUUCCUCUUCCUAGCUCUCCUCCCCGCGCACCCCGACCUGGCCUACCGCGUAGGACUGCGAGCCAUGCGCCUGCCCAUGGUGGAAGAAGCUUACGCGUUAGAUGGCAGUACCUCGGCAGGGGCACCAGGUGGCGCUGCUGGAGCGUGGCAUACCCUGCAGCACGCUGAGCAACAACAAGCAGCCCUUGCCAGUGCAUUACUAGGCGCAGCUCGCGGCAACCCGGGUCGGUUGCGUGCAGCGCUGGGCGCGGCGCAGCGCCACGUGCGGUCGGCGGCGCAGCUGUUCCGGCUGGCGCAGGACGCGCUGCGACACGCCGCGCCGCCCGCCGCGCCCCACCACCACCGGGACCUACUCGCCGCUGCAUUCGAACUCGGCUUACAGGUAUUACGGAUGACGCUAUCCUCAGUGAACUGGCGAAGACGAGAGAUGGUUCGCUGGCUCGUCACCUGCGCCACGGAACUUGGGCUAGACGCGCUCCUCUCCAUCAUGCAGAACUGGUACGAGCUGUUUACGCCGACGGAAGCAACAGGUCCCGUGGCUGCGGCGGCGAUGUCCCACGCCACCGCACUGCGACUAGGCCUCAGCUUCGAGCAGCAAGAGAAACUCAGUGCUUGCGCAAGAACACUAGCUCUACAGUGUGCUGCUAAGGAUCCACCAGGUUGUGCUCUCAGCGCGCUAUCAGUGUGCGAAGGGUCGGCCGGCGCAUUCGAAGCCGCGUGCGCAGCAGUGGGCGGGGCGGCGGCGCGCGGCGCGCUCGCCUCCAGUCAGCUGUUCGCCGUCGCCAGAUAUAUGGAGCAACGCGGCCAGCCUGCCAGGGCCAUGCGCCUAGCUACACUAGCCAUGCGAAACCUCCAUUUACAUUAUAACCAGGACAGCCACCCUGCGAUCGCGGACAUCCACUGGGCGGUUGCGCUGGCGCAUUCGUUGGGCCGCGCCGAGCUACAGGCUAUGUUACCGCUGCUUGUGAAGAACGUGCAGUGCGCGCCUGUACUCUCGGACGUGUUGCGUCGUUGCUGCGUAGCUGCGGCGGGUUGCUCGCGGUCGCGCGGCGCGCCACCUCGCCCGCCCACGCCGCUGCGCCCGCUGCUCGAGGCGGCGUUGCGCGCGUACGCUUCUACCACGCAUGCGCGACUCGCACACAUCUCGCCGCGACAUUACGCCGACUUUGUCGAAUUUCUCGGUAAAGCUCGCGACACAUUCGCGCUAGCACCGGACGGCCCCCACCAGUUCGCGGCACUCCUCCAAGAGAUCAAGCUCAAAUACAAAGGAAAGAAGAAACUCAUGUUCCUCGUCAAGGAGAGGUUCGGAUGAACUGACUUCAAUAGUUAAUGUUUGUUACUCGUUCAAUACAAAACCCACCGAGUGUGCAACGUUUGCUAGAUACGGCAUUCCAUUAUGAAAAAGGCAUUUUGUUACGAUACGCAUGCGAGAAAAUUUAGUUCAAAAUUCCAAGAUUUAUAUUUUUUAAAUUAUUUUCGAGACUACUACUGUUUUUAGAGACCGCAUUUCUAUAACAAUUCCAUUUCGUUUUAAUAUUAACGUCACUGUCUAAAACUUCAUCUUUCAUCUAUUUUGGCGCCAUUCGCCAACUGUCAAGUGUCAACAAAAAAAACUGAGACAACUUAUCUAUUUUCUUUUUCUUUUUUUCGUAAUGGCUAACAGCACAGCACACAGCUAUUACCGUGCCUCAUUGAAUCAGAGUGCACAUAAGUUUUGUCCGGUCUUUAAUAAAGUAGAAGUUGUAACAAUUUCAAUCCUCAUGGUAUGCGGCAAUAUUGUUGAAUUAGUGCAAUCAUUGUUUUCUUUCUUGAAGGAUUUGUUUUUUUUUUCGUUAUGUUGAGAUUCGUGCAAUAAGCUGCCAUGGGAUAAUUUAUAAAGUUACGUGAAUCAUGAAGACAUCUUUUAGCCUUGCCACGAAGCAUAAUUUGUUAAAGACAGUUUUGUAUAAUUAAAUAUUAAUUUAGCGUAAGAUGUAAAAAAAAAACUAAACUUUUUUUUAAAACUGCAAAUGCCCGUGACUUGUCAAGUACCUAAUAGUGUGUCAACGCUGCUUACAUAACGAGGACAUGUGUCGUUUCGUUCCGCGGUAAUUUAAGCUCGAAAUAAUUUUACCAUCACGGUAAAAAUGAUUACCGUGAUGUAUAUUACCUCAUGCGAGUUACACAUAGUUUCGUGUACCCGCCGUGUACCAAACCAGUCUAUUCUAAAGUAUUAUUUUGUUAAUUUAAUAAUUAUAAAUACGGCUGACCUCGUAAUUUUCAUUUUUUUAUUAUCGUAAGAAAUGAUCUCAGUAAUUCCAUUUGUGUAAAUAGAAACGAUUUUGUAAAUAUAGUACGAAGGCAAGUUAGUAUUGGAAAAUAUUAGUUAAUUAUUGUAAUUAGUUUUGUGAUCUGUGCGGGGAUUGCGUGCUGUAUAAAUUGUGUAAAUGUCAGUGUGUUCUGGAGUGAUGAUAUAUCGUUAAUGUUAAGCGAUAUUCGCACAAAUCGCAAGUUGUAAUUAGGUUUAGUCACGCCACUCGUAUAGCGUCCAAUAGCAAUGGGAUAAUUCAUAAAUAUGACACAAACACCAAAGAAAUAUAUCGUAAGUCCAUCGUGAGAUAAGCAACGCCAUCGUUCUUUCAGUAUUCUUGAGUAUUCUGUAUCUGUAUAGAUUUUUGUUAAUACAAUCUUUAUGUUACUGCCUUGGCACCGUUUGUGCAUAAAUACUGAGCCGCGAAAGUUCUCUAUGAAUAUUUUAUACAUACAUUAUAACCAAGCCGUAUCUUGUCAAUUUUCUAUUUUUAUUAUACGAAAUUUAUUUCAAUAGGUACUUUCUUUAUUCUUCACGACUAUGAUUUACUUCUAACUAUAAAUAAUUUGUCUUCAGCCUUUUUGUUUCUUUCUAACUCGGCCUUUUCUUGUUUAGAGUAGAUAAUUAAAUUUUAACAAGAAGUGCAUUUAUAAAGAUAGAAAUGAUUAAUAUUUAAAAAUAGAGACGAUGUAUGGAUAGUGUUGAGAGAAUAGUAUGAAUUGAAUAGUAUAUAGACUUAAUGAAGGACUUUUGUACUUUUUGUGGUGUGUAUGAGGGUUGUGCAAAACUUAUUUUGACAUGUACAAAGAAACAUACAAAAAUUAUUAUUGUAUCCGUUCGUUCAAAAUUUUUGCCAACCCUAUAUUGUGUCAAAUAAAAAAACAGGACAUUAGUACCUACUCAUUAUAAUAUUGAUAUAAAUGUAAAUAUAUAAAAUAUGAUUUUUAGUUAGAGCGCUGAUAGUAGACACAUCCAAUAUCUUCCUUAUCAGAGAUUUUUACACGAAAAAAUUAGUAAUAUCUGGUAGAAAGGUGAUCAAUAGAAACAGUAAAAUGUAUGUUAUUUAUUAUACUGCUUUAUACAUGUUACAUUCAUAGAACGGCAUAACAUAGUAAAGAAUAUAGCGGAAGCAUACUUGACUUUAGAUUGUACAACAUUAAUAAAAAUGCAAUAAAAAUUCGUCUAUAUUUUUAAUUUAAGGCGGCCAUCAAAUUUUUUGAUGUUGAUACAUCUCGAGUUGAAUACGUUUCCCGCGUCAAAUGCUACAAAAUCAAAUGACGAGUAAAACUGAUGUAUCUAAGGGAAGUAAACUAUCGCAGUCUGAACGCAGCAUUGCGUAAGUGGUGUUUAUAAAAUUAUUUUUUGUAUGAAAAGAGAAAUUAAUUUUCAUAAUAAGCAAAUAACUUAAUGUUGAGCAAUAAUUUCGAAGCCUUCAGCCGGUCUGACGUGAUUCUGAAUGUACAACUUUAUUGGUUGUCGGGAACAUGUGUUUGUGUAGCUUUUUAGUCUGUGUGCGUGGUGCAUUUGUUUAUGGAGUCAGAAUAUUGUUAUCAAUCUGAAUGCAAUACGAAAGAUAUUAUAAAUUAUUUUUUAUAAUCUUAAUAAUUAAUUACAUUUAACCAUGAAACAUUUCUGUAAUUAUGUAAAUGCAUUUGUUUUGGUUUAGUUAUCGAUAAUUUUUAAUCUGUAAUUUUUGGUUUACUGAUUUUUCUUUACACGACUUGCCAGUUUAUAAACUCCAUGCAAAUAUUUGACCUCAAGUGCCUUCAGGCGAGUCCAAAUAAGCCAGACCGGCUCAUACUUGAUUAUGUUGUAUUUUUAGUUAAUACUGUCAGUGGUUAUAUUGUAAUUGUGUUGUACGUCAAACGUGGACACCCUUCAGUGCUGGUAUUAUGAAGGUGAUAAUUUCAAUAUAAAUAAUUGAAAAACUAAAUGUUUUGUUUCAUUUUCCUACCUUAUAAAUAACGUAUUU